GAGACAUUGUGGUGGUCUUUCAGAAUGGUGAGUGAUGGUUUUUAUUUGCUUUUUCUCUGAUUUUGAUACCUUCGAGAGCACCAAAAAUGGCGGAUUAAACCUUCUAACUAUACCCUUUACUCCAACAAGCAACCACAGUUUUCCCAGAUUUUGCCUGCUCUUUCUUUUAUGACUUAAAUUUCUUCCUUUUUUUUUUUUUUUUUGCCUCUUCUUUCUUCUUCUUCUUCUUCUCCUCCUUCCUCCAUGGUUUUCAACCAAAAUCAGUUACUUGAUGCAGUAAGCAAAUCCUGGUUGUUGCUUUAGAGAGAAAUAGUAAUGGUUAUGGAUAAGGCUCAGUAGUUCUUGUAGAAAAGAGAGAGCAUUUGAUGGUUGUUUGAUGGCUCAGUCUGAUUCAGACUCCUACUUACAAUCUGGCUCAUUGGGCAAACAUAUAAGCAGUUCAUUGUUCAGUAUUCCUGGAUUUUUUGCCGGGUUAGGGUCGAAAAGUUUGGUAGAAAGUGAUUCGCUUAGAAGUCCUACUUCGCCUUUGGAUUUCAGGCUUUUUUCCAAUCUAAGCAACCCUUUUGGUUUUAAAUCCAUAUCAUCUGCUGAAACUGAAAGUGGUCGUCAAAAUAAGUUUGUUUCUAGUGAAGUAGGUCUUGGCAUCAUAAAUUCAAUUGUUGUUGAUGACUGUGGAACGACCAGUGAAGCUCGGGACUCAAACUGGAGGAAGAACGUAAUUUUUGGACCACAAAUUAAAACUAAGAUCUCUAAAUCCUCGAACCAUUAUAUCAAAUAUUUGGGUUCUUCUUUGAAAUCUUAUUCUUUGCCAAGCAAUUAUACAAUCUCGUCACUUUCCAAAGCCAAAAUUCCAAGCUCCAAUUCCGGAGCCACAGAUAGUGUCUGUGGCAAUGGAGAAUUUUCUGCUUUAGAAUCUGAACCGCCCUUUGAAAAUAAUGCAUCAUUUUUGUCAAAUGCUGCCAGCUUUUCCUCCUCCGGUAUCGACUUGACUCAAAAUUCUGAUCCAAGUACUGAAAAUUUUCCACUGGAAAGUAAUAACACCAUCUUUCCAAUGAUUAACAAUAGCCCUCAAAGGGAAAAUUCUUUGCCAAUCAAAUCCUGUUCCUUGCCUAUUACUAUUGGCUCAAGCAAUGCUUAUGUAGGCUCACUUACUGCUAGAGAAAUAGAACUUUCCGAGGACUAUACCUGCAUAAUUUCUCAUGGUCCAAACCCAAAGACAACACACAUUUUUGGUGACUGUAUUUUGGAGUGUCACACAGAUGAAAACAUCGGUUCCAGUACGAUGGAAGAGCCUGGGACCGAAUCAUCUCUGUUAGGAAGCUGCCCUGAAGGGUUUGGUCACGGAGUUGUGGAUGCAAAUUUGCAAAUCUGUUACUCAUGCAAGAAAGUUUUGAAAGAAGAGCAUGAUAUUUAUUUAUGCAGGGAUGGAAAAGCUUUUUGUAGUUCACAGUGCAGCUCUCAGGAGAUUUUUGGAGAACAUAAAAUCAACAAAACUUCCAAAGAUGAUAGUGAAAGCUCUGCAGCGUCAAGCUACCAUGAGGAAGAUCUCUUCAUCAUGGGUCUCCCAUUUGCUUUAUGACAGUGAGUUAUAGUUUCCUUUCAAAUCCUCCCACUUGGCGUGUUCGGUGAGAUGACACAACAAGAAGAGGAGAGCUUUUGGUUAUAGUUUCUUUUCAAACCCUCCCACUUGGCCAUGGAUGAUCGCGCGGAGUUUACAGUUUUUUAUUUUUUUCCUUUUCCGAUUUUCUGCUUUCAUGGUAUUGGUGAGUGUUGGAGUAUAAAGAUGAGAGCUUUUGGUUUCCCCUCUUCUUUGGGCAGAAUAUAGAUAUGAUCUUAUAUCUGUUUUUGCUUGCUUAUUGAAGAUUUUGAUCCCAUCUUUGUUAAUCUUGGAGAUCAUUUUGAUGUUGUAUCUCAAAGGCUUUUGUUGACUUGAAUAAAAAAAAAAAAAAAAAAAAAAAAAAAAAAAGAGGAUUUGUGUUUGCA